ACACACACACACACACACACACACACAGAGACACACACACAGAGGUAGGCAUUAGUCUCCUCCUGACAUCCUCACGAAUAAAGCCGUCAGCUUUUCUCCUCUCAGCCCUUUUGUUCCUCUCACUUUUCCCCACAGCUCUUCACAUCCGGACAUCAUCACAAUCUCCUCCUUUUUCCGUCGUGUUUUUCCUCUCCGGUUCUCCGACGAAUCUUUGUGUGGUAUUUAAUGGAACAUGGCGAUACGCACUCGGUCCUACAGCGUCGUGUGUUUGCUCACGGUCCAGAUCAUCAUCCUCAUCUUCAGCGUGCCGUGGAGCGGCGUGGAGACUCUCACCUUCCCGCAGCAUUACACGAUAAUGCACUGGGCUCGGCAGAUAGAGCAGGAGAUCGACCGAGUCCUGCAGCAGAUCAGUGGAGUGCAGCAACUUAAAGGGCUGUACAGUGAGAAGAGGAGGCAGUACACCCUCGUCAGGAACAAUCCCAGAGAGAUAGUGGAGAAAGUGGCCUCAGACAUCGAGAAGCUGCUGUCCAAAAAGAAGAAGGCGCUGGAGAAACUGGCCACAGAAGCAGAGAGAGUGCAGACGGCUCAUCGAUGGCAGGAUGGAAUCAAGGAGUGGGAGAUCGAGUACUACGACUCCAAGGCUGAGAUGGAAUAUGACGGGGAGGAGAUGGAUCCUCAGAUGUCUCUGAAGCUGGAUUUUGUUUACGACCCAAAUUUCAAAAACAACGUGAACUACUCGUGCACAGCGGUUCAGAUCCCCACAGACAUCUACAAAGGAGCGCCGGUGAUUCUGAAUGAGCUGAACUGGACUCAGGCGUUGGAGAGGGUUUUUAUGGAGAACAGUAGAGACGACCCCUCACUGCUCUGGCAGGCAUUCGGCAGUGCCACCGGCGUCACCAGGUAUUAUCCAGCCACACCGUGGAGAGCGCCGGAUAAGAUCGACCUGUAUGAUGUGCGGCGGAGGCCCUGGUAUAUCCAAGGAGCUUCAUCCCCCAAAGACAUGGUCAUCCUCGUGGACGUGAGUGGCAGUGUGAGUGGUUUAACUCUGAAGCUGAUUAAAGCUUCAGUAACGGAAAUGUUGGACACGCUAUCUGAUGACGAUUACGUUAAUGUGGCACGAUUUAACGAGAAGGCCGAGGCAGUCGUGCCGUGUUUUAAACAUUUGGUUCAGGCGAAUGUGAGGAACAAAAAAAUCUUUAAAGAACACGUGUCACAGAUGCAGGCCAAAGGCACGACGGACUACAAAUCAGGAUUCCACUUUGCCUUCAACCAGCUGCUCAAUAAGACAAACGUCCCCAGAGCAAACUGUAAUAAAAUAAUCAUGUUGUUUACGGACGGUGGUGAGGAUCGAGCUCAGGACAUCUUCGAGCAGUACAAUUGGCCCAACAAGACGGUUCGAGUGUUUACGUUCUCAGUGGGGCAGCACAACUACGACGUCACGCCGCUGCAGUGGAUAGCCUGCGCUAACAAAGGUUACUAUUUUGAGAUCCGCUCCAUCUGCGCUAUCAGGAUUAACACCCAGGAGUAUUUGGACGUGCUCGGUCGCCCUAUGGUCUUGGCUGGGCGAAGUGCCAAGCAGGUUCAGUGGACCAACGUUUAUCAGGACGCCCUGGGUUUGGGCUUGGUGGUGACCGGGACUUUGCCUGUCUUUAAUCUCACUAUGGACGGAGACUCUCAGAAUCAGCUGAUCCUGGGAGUGAUGGGUGUGGACGUUCACCUGGACGAACUGAAGAGACUUGCUCCGCGCUAUAACCUGGGAGCCAACGGCUACAUUUUUGCCAUCGACCCAAACGGAUAUCUGCUCCUUCACCCAAACCUGCAGGCCAAGGUGGUGGACCUGCCUGAACCUGUGACUCUGGACUUCUUGGAUGCUGAGGUGGAAGACAGCAAUAAACAGGAGAUCCGAAGGCAGAUGAUAGACGGCCGAGCAGGUGAGAUGACCAUCAAGACCCUCGUCAAGUCAAUGGAUGAGCGCUAUAUUGAUGAGGCAGUACGAACUUACGCUUGGACCCCCAUAAAUAACACUGAUUACAGCUUAGGCCUGGUGUUGCCUCCAUACAGCGAGCACUACAUCCAGGCUGACCUGAGUGACGUUAUGCUCCAACUGCAGUAUCUUCAGUCUCUGCUGCCCAACUCUUUCGAGUCAGCUGGGCACGUCUUCCUGGCCCCGAGAGAAUACUGCAAGCGCCUGCACAUCUCCGAGAACAAUACUCAGUUCCUGGAGAGCUUUCUAUCACUGAUGGUGGAGAUCACACCAGAGACAGAGGACUGUGACCAAGGCCUGAUUCACAAUGCUAUUCUGGACUCGGGGAUCAUCUGGCAGCUGGCCACCAAGGCUUGGAAGAACAAAGAUCUGAACACGUAUGGCUUCCUGGCGCUGUUCGCGUCCACUGAUGGAGGCGUUACGAGAGUCUAUCCAAACACAGCUGCAGAAUAUUGGGAUGAAGACUUAGAGCCUCUGAAUUCCAUCUUCUAUCAUCGCAGUCUGGACAAUAAGGGCUACAUAUUCAGAGCCCCAACUCGAACAUCACUGGAGGACCCUCUGAUCACGGAGAACGGCCCAACGGGGAUCCUCGUCUCAACUGCUGUGGAGGUUACGGUGCAAGGCAAAACACUGAAACCAGCAGUGGUGGGGGUCAAGCUGGAUUUGGAGGCAUGGGUCGACAAGUUCAAGAUUCUGGCCAGCAACGUGUCUGACAGCAGGCAAGGUUCUCACAAGUGUGGUCUUUCCAGAUCCUGUGAGAUGGACUGUGAGGUCAACAGUGAUGAUCUGCUCUGCUACCUGAUUGAUGACGGUGGCUUUUUGGUGAUGUCUAAUCAGAGAGACCAUUUGAAAAAGGUCGGGUUGUUUUUCGGAGAAGUAGAUCCCUACCUAAUGCACGCACUCUAUAAUAACUCAAUCUACGCCCGGAGGCAGACGUUCCAGUACCAGUCGACGUGUGAGCCGAUGUCCAGCAGCCACACAGGAUCUGCAGUACGCCACUACCUCGUGCCCUCCAUUGCAGACUUACUUAAUUUGGCCUGGUGGACAUCUGCGGUUGCUUGGUCUGUCCUGCAGCAGCUUUUCUAUGGCCUUGCAUACAACACCUGGUUUAACACAGGUGAUUUUGCAUUUGCCGAAGGUACAGAGACCAGAGGAAGCAGUAACUGUGUGACGAUUCAGAGUCAGUUCUUCUUCACCAACACCACCAACUCCUUCAGCAUGCUGCAGGACUGUGGAAACUGCUCCAGGUUAUUCCAUGCUAAGAGGAUAGAAAACACCAACCUGCUGUUCGUGGUGGCUGAAACACUUCCCUGCAGCUCCUGCGAGAUUGAAAAGCUCACACAAGUCCGGAUGGAGUUUCAGGAGGAAAUUCCUUGUGAUGUGUUGAACGCCGCCAGAUACCGGAAAGGACCUGAGAAGUGCUUUGAUUACAAUUCUAUGGAGAACACGUCGGAGUGUGGGCGGGCUCAGUCAUUGCACUGUUCAAUCGGGAUCCUCCUCUGGGUCCAGUUAAUGUUGCUUUACCUCACCGUACAAUCUUAAGCCUCUCUGUUCAUCCUGCUCCUUUCUACCCUCGUAAAACUUCCAUAAUCCCUGCAGCUUUUUUGCUCUUAUUCUCCUCUUCAGUGCUUCUUUCUGCUUCGACUGUCUUCCCAGAAUUCCCUUGGUCCUUUUGCCCUAUUCUGAAGUGCUUUGAUAUCCUUAACACAUCCAGAUGGGUUGAUUGAGAUGCUCUGUGUCUUAGUAACCUGUCGUUGUGCAUAUCUUCUAGAGACUAUUCUGGAUCUUGUAUUUAAGGAGAGUUUAUUAAAAAGAAAAGAAUAAUUUUGCGAAACAAAUAUUGUAAAUGUCCAUCAAACCUGCUUGCUGAAUCCAGCACUUUCUCUCUCUCUUUCUUUCUUUCUUUCUCUCUCUCUCUCUCUCUCUCUCUCUCUAUGUGUGGCAACAUGGCUGUUGGAUCUUGAGCAGUCUUUACAAUUAUGCUUAUAUAUUGUUUAUUUAUUUAUUUAUCUAUCUAUCUAUCUAUUUAUUUAUUUAUUUAGCUAUUUUGCUAAACGCCUCAAGCUUUCCUCGCGCUGCUAUCAAACCAGAGCUUUGUGGUUGUGGAGAUUAAAUUUGUCCUUGUUACUGUAUGCCUGAAUUCUCUCCCUGGAGGUAAAAUCACAUUUAAAGAAAGAUAUAUCAAGAAUGUCUAAAGGCAUAUAGUGUGUACAAAUCUAAAUGACUGCCUGGUAUGCUACCAAAAGGUGCCUUGGUGCACUUGGUCCUCCUAUUGGAUAGCUUAGGUUUUUGCUAAUCCUGAGUAAAUGUCAGAAGAGUGACUGGUUUA